CAAGCCUCCUUUUUACAUUGCGAUCUGCUUCACGUGUAUUAUUUUAUGUAUUAAAGCUACACGGAAAUGGGGUGCUUAAGUGGGGUGGGAUUAGUUUUUGGCAAUCUUACACACAGGAACCAUGUUGAGCUUUCAGACUUGGCAACUUCCCUGGGUGCGACUAUUUUACGCCCAUCGGACGCGCCAAGAGCGAGCUACCUUGUAGCAAGCAAUGUUCUCCGGCUGCCGGAUGGAAGCGACCCAUACCUUGUCGCCUUUCAGCUUAAUCCGGGGUUGGUGGCCGUGUCACCGGACUGGCUCUCGACAUGCCAAGCGGAGCAGCGUCAGGUUGAAGCCAGCCCCUACCUGCUGGGACCCUUCAGCGGCAUCCGGGUCAGCAUCACCAACUUCGGCGCCAAGGAGCGCGACGGUGUGGUGUCGCAGCUGAAGCAGGGCUGCGCGACCCCGUCGCCCGAGCUGUACCGCACCUCCACCCACCUGGUUGGCUCCAAAGCGGGCGGCAAUAAGCACACCCACGCCCGCGAGUGGGGUUUGUUCGUGGUGCACUACGACUGGGUGUUGGACUGCCUGAAGGCGGGGCACCGGCUGGACGAGCGGCCGUACAACCUGGACACCUACGUGCCCCGGGAGCCGGCGGGGGGCGCCACCGUGUCCGUGUACGGGGACCCCGCGCGCCAGUCAUCCAGGACGCUCUCAUCGGGGCGCUGCGGGGCGGCCUCCGACGCGGGAGCGGCAGCGGUCACUGCCAGGCAGGGAGCCGCGAGCAUCAGGGG